GAAAAAUAAUUUAUUCUCCACACCCAGAGAGAGUGAAGUGCGAGAGAGAUGGAGAGGAAUUUGAAGAGGGAACGAGUGAGAGAGAAUGGUGGAGAUUCCAGGGUUUCUGAAGACGACGAGUUGACUCAGGAGACCGAUUCCGUGUCGAAACGUAGAACCAUUCGCUCAAAAUACCGUUCAAUCGAACACCGCAUCAAUGAGAGAAAAGAUGAAAUAGCAAACGUCGAUUCGCAGAAGUUCAUGGCCAUUAUGAAGGAAGUAGAAAACAUACAUCAACAUGUUCAAAAGCCGAGGGAACAGGUGGCAGACGCAGAGGCUUUUCUUGGACUGGCUAACAUUUUAGUCGACUCUGUUAAAUCACAUACUAGUGGAAGCGUUUCUCCGGCCGAGUUUGUUUCCUCCUUGAUCAAGAAUUUCGGCUUCAAAAACCCCACCAAGGGUACUUCGGACAAUUCACCGAAUAUUUCAUGGCAAACUAUGGGCUCUCUCGUUUCACCUAUAUUCCUGAAUGGACCAGGCUGCACAACAAUGAUUGGACCUAUGAAGAACGAGCUUAAGCAACGGAAGUCGUCGGUUCGUGCAAAGAGAUCGAGACCAACAGUUAACGCUCGACCAAACGAGAUCGAGAAAGAAGCUAAGGUGGUCGCGGAAACGGAUACAAACAUGCAUUUGAUGUUUGAGAUACUAAAGAAGGAGAAAAAUGUCAAAGUCGAAAAUCUGAUGUUGAACCGAAAUUCUUUCGCUCAGACAGUUGAGAACUUAUUUGCGCUGUCUUUCUUGGUAAGAGAUGGCAGAGCUAUAAUAAAUGUCGACGAGACUGGCUCUCAAGUCGUAGUCCCAGCUAAUGGUCCAAGUGCAGAAGAAAUUAAGAGCGGCGUCGCUAAAACCCACCAAUUCGUUUUCCGAUUCGACUUUGAUGAUUGGAAGCUGAUGAAGACUAUGGUGCCCGAGGGUGACGAAAGAAUGCCAAAACGGGAUGCAUCAACUAAUGCAGAUUAUGCAAGGGCGAAACCGGAAACGGGAGUCGAAAGUUUUAGCCCGACCGUAGCGUUUCUAAGUGAUCCGGAAUUUAUACCUACAGCUGUGGUUAAGAAGUUCUUGAGAAAUUCUGGCCGCACGACGCAGUAUUCUUGCGUAACUGAUAACGGUGAUUGUGGGGCCCGCAAGAAUUAAAGAAAGCUGGUCUUUUGUAAGUUAUGGCAUGCAUGUAUAUAUAGUUUUGUGAAAUUGCUUGAUAAUACUACAAGCAAAAUUAUAGCUUUUAGCUUUUUUGAAUCAGCUUUUUGCUUUAGGGUUGAUUAGUUAUGCUACAAGAUUUCUGAUUUUUGGUAAUAUUUCUGGUCUAAUUGUAUUAUAUGUGAUAUUGUUUUGACAGCAUUGAUCAGACAAACAUUUUAGAUUGGUUGAAAGAUGCCACUUUUAAUUUGUUAUUUUAGAA